AUGUCAGAUUUGGGCUUAUCAGAUAGAACGAGUUCGACCAAAUCGAAAACCUCUAAGACAACAGAGUUAACCCCAGAGCAAAUCCAACAACAGAAUAUCCUAAGGCUGAAUGGAUUUAGGACCUCCACCAUCUUGAGAAAUGUUUCCAACGAUGACUCAUAUGGAGAAGAGGGGAAUUCAGGGACGGAUGGUAUGGACGGAAAAAUAGAUGAUAUAUUAAAUACCCAAGACGAAGACUCAAUGGACCCGAUGCAUCGAUUUGGGCUAAUUGCACUAGAUAGCUUACUUAAACAAGAAGAUAACGAUCAAAAUAAUAUAGCAAAAGGUAUAGACUUGAACAUGUUAGGGCUUGAUUUAUCCCUUGAUAAGCAUUCACAUAUUUUGUCGAAAACAUUUGCAUCUCCAUGGUUAGAGACGAGUAGAUCUGAAGUAGAGCCCUUAUUUACCAGGCCUGAAAGUUUCAAUAUAAAUGCGAAUGAGAUAGUUCCUGUUACUGAACGUAUGCCAUCCUUUAACGAUUUGACCUUAUUCUUUUUAUUCUAUACCAAACCAAGGGAUAUCCUUCAAGAAUUAGCAGCCAGAGAACUCAAUAAAAGAAACUGGAGGUAUCACAAAGAACUGCAAGUGUGGCUGACAAAAGACACAAACUCUGAGCCCAAAUCUAUAGGUAGCGGAGCUGAGCAAGGAACAUAUAUAUUUUUUGACCCUGUCACUUGGGAGUUUGUCACAAAGACUAUGGUGCUGUACUAUAACUCAAUUAUGUAG